GUGAAGUAUGUUUAUGCCAACAGGAUGUCGAGUAUGCUAUGGACGGUAGGAGGGGUUUGCCGGUACGAGAUCUCGUGACACUCUCACUGCAUUCGCGGACUUGACAACUCACCAAACAUGAAGCGGUUAGGCUACUGGUUUAGUGAGAAGAAGACAAAGAAGCUGAAUUUGCCCGAACACGAGCUAGAUUUCAGGGCAGCUGGCAUUGAACUUGUGCAGCUGGACGUGAAUCGCCCCUUGGAUGAACAAGGACCCUUCGAUGCCAUCCUACACAAGUUGGCGGACCUGCAGGCGCACGCUGAUGCUGGAUACGUCACAGAGCAGCAGCAGCUGGCCAAUGUCAAGGAUUACAUCAACAGCCACCCGGAAUGCAUCGUGAUCGACCCACUGCCGAGUAUGGUGAACCUGCUGGACCGCUACAACCAGUACAAGAUGGUCCAGGAGAGCUCUCUGUUCCAGCAAGACUCUGAUGUGUUCAUGCCAACAUUUGUCGAGUUGACCUCGAGUGACCUUGACACCAACCGCAGGAAGCUGGCAGAGGCCCAAGUCACAUACCCUAUUGUGUGUAAGCCAAGCAUUGCUCAUGGCUCCAAGCUGUCACACAAGAUGGCGAUAGUGUUCACGGAGGCUGGUCUGUCCGACCUCGUGUUUCCAUGUGUAGCUCAGUCUUUUAUCAACCACAAUGCACUGCUCUUCAAGAUAUACGCUGUCGGGGACAAGUACUAUAUCGCGGAGAGGCCGUCACUGAAGAACUUCUAUGCUGGAGAUCACAAGACAAUCUUCUUCGAUACCCACAACGUGUCAAAGCGAGGCUGCUCCCACUAUCUCACAAUACUAGACAAGGCAGACAUGGAGAGGUCUCCCCUCGAGCCGGAUAAAGAGAAGCUGUGUGACCUUGGCAGUAAGAUACGGCAGGUGUUCGACCAUGACCUGUUCGGUGUGGACGUUAUAAUGGACAGCAGCACGCAGAGAUACGCAAUCAUCGACAUCAACUCAUUCCCAGGCUAUGAUGAGGUGGACGACUUCCCUAGUGUCCUCCUCCAGUACUUGACGGAGAGACUCGACGCCAAACCUGCUUCUAUCACGCCAGAUUCAAAUGGGGACCAACGCUUGACAGGCGACCUUGACUGUGAUUCGUCUUCCAGAAAGAGGCUCAAACCCGACCUUGAAGCUAAAACAGAACCAAGUGAAAGAGUCAAUGGAGAAGAUACGUUGAAUCAUAUAAAGACGUUUGAAUCCAUUAAUGGUAUCCAUCCAUUUUCAAGUUCUCUGUUUCGAGGAAAGGAGAGCUCAGUGUGUUCAAAUCGGCAGCUAAGUGACGAGUUUAACAGACACACUAACGGCCACCAUUGACGAAGGGCUUGGUAAGGGGAGACAACUUUGUUCCCACCUGGAUAUUAAGGGUGAAGAGUAUCAACAAUGACCAAAUUGCAUGUCCAGAACAUGUCUUGACUCCAGUGCAAUGUCUGAGCCCUGAAUUAUACUGCUACAUUCUCUGUUCAACUAUGUUCUCAUAGGUCUUUACAAAUUUUACUGUUUACAGAAUGGCUACAUAAUUCUUAAAUACUGUGAUUAUUUAUAUAUUUCGGUGAUUGGAUAUUUUAGAUAUUUUAAUGUUUUAAAUGAUUGAGGAUUACAUCUUAAGUUGAUUAAAUAUCAGUUUUAAAUAUCAAAAAUGCUCUUUUAUUCAUUCACAUUUUUCAUUCAGCAAACUUUUAUGGGGUAUCCUAGCAACCUGUUGUUAUUUAACCUGGCCGAUUAAGCCUGUAUGAACAGCAUUAUGGCAGGAAGGAGACGAAGGGGUAAGGCAGACAUGGGCAGAAAGUGGUCCUAUUGUUAUAUUAAUCAGUUCACAUAUUGCAGUAUUAAGCUCUUUAAAGGAUUAUUCUAAUCUAAUGUAGUCCGAUGUCAUAUUGUAAAUAGUUUAUGCUGCAUCUCAGACGAUCCGUAUCACGUGAUC